UCGAUGAAUCCUCCAUUGACCUUUUGUUUUCUUAUGCCGCUUGUGCUUAUCUUUAUUUUAGCCAUUUCCGAAAAAUCUUGUAAGCUUUUCUUCAUAAUAUUACCUUAAAAACAAAAACCAUGAAAGACUUAAAAACCUUUAUAAGAAGACGGCCCGUGUAUAUCACCAUUUUUUCCACUCUCCAACAAUCUCGCAGUCUCCGUCACGCUCUCUCUGAUUGGAUAAAUUAUUCAGUGAAAAUAUCGCUUCCCUAUGUGAACCAAUAGUCCAACAGAAGUUCCCCAAUCUCUGCUUCACUUUUAGCGGCUCCAAAUGUCCGGUUGAGACCCCGAUGCAGCGCCACAAGGUCACAGGGACUAUCUCUAUCACAGUAUCACCCCACCAGGUUGGUAGAAUGAUGGAGCUGACGACUAUGUUUUCCUUGUCGUAGUGGCUUGGGCAAGCUUUUUUCUUCCACAUUAUCUUAUCAAUGGCUGCUUCAUUGUCAAUGGCUGCUUCAUUGUCACCAUCAACAGCUCCAUUGACGUCAAAAGUCUCUCUUGGAAAGACUCUUUUAGGAUUUUCUCCCAAAUUAGACCGCCAUUGCACUUCCCAUGGCAAACAAUCUCUAAGCAGCUCAAAUGAAUGCUUAAAUUUUCAAACUUCUCGCCGUUUGAGCCCUCUUGUUUCAAAUUCUCCACUUCCCGUCACUGCCACAAGAGCUUCUUCAAAUGGGUUUCUUGAUACAACGGAGGACGAUGACAUUGUGCCUUCCUUUGAGGUACGGCCGGUCAAAUUUGUUUUCUGGGUGUUGCUUUGGGCGUCUCUGUCUGUUGCUUGGUUUGCGGCUUCUGGGGAUGCAAAAGCUGCUGCGGAUUCCAUUAAAGCCUCAAGCUUUGGUCUGAAAAUCGCCAGUGCGCUUCGUGGCUUGGGCUGGCCGGACGAGGCUGUUGUGUUUGCCCUUGCUACGCUUCCCGUGCUUGAGCUUCGAGGGGCUAUUCCUGUUGGUUACUGGCUGCAACUUAAGCCUUGGAUCCUGACAGUGUUAUCCGUUAUUGGGAACAUGGUCCCUGUUCCCUUCAUUAUACUCUACUUGAAGAGAUUUGCAACUUUUCUUGCUGGGAGGAACAAGGCGGGGGCUAAAUUUCUUGAUAUGCUGUUUGUGAGGGCCAAAGAGAAGGCUGGCCCUGUAGAGGAGUUCCAAUGGCUUGGUUUAAUGCUGUUUGUGGCUGUACCUUUCCCUGGAACAGGAGCAUGGACAGGAGCAAUUAUAGCUUCUAUCCUUGAUAUGCCAUUCUGGUCAGCUGUAUCUGCAAAUUUCUUCGGUGUUGUCUUGGCUGGACUUCUGGUAAAUUUGCUGGUGAAUCUUGGACUCAAGUACGCAAUUGUUACCGGUAUUAUCCUCUUCUUUAUUUCCACAUUCAUGUGGAGCGUCCUUCGGAAUCUUAAAAAGUCUUUGAGUUCAUUAAAUUAGUAUCUAACUGGCAUUUGAAGCAUUGUCAUACAAGCUAGAUUAGCAGAUAUUUUUGAAAUUUUUUAUCGUUUUAGUUUUGUAUUGGCACAUUUCAAGCUUAUCUAUAACUUCUGUCUGUCCACAAUAUUCAUUGCUCAUAUAAUGCUGCUCAAGAUUUGUGUAUCUACUGAUUAAACGUGAUGUUCCUAUAAUUAAUUCGAAGGAAUAUGAAAUGGAUCACUCACUAUAAGACUAAAA